AUGGCAGCACAGCCUGUGGCCCAUUCAACGGGGUUCGACUACGAGAACCAACCUGUAUCUUCCAACAACAUUAAGACCAAAGAGGGCGGCCGGUCCAGUGUUGACCGUAGCGCAGAGACCGCCGAGGCAGAUGACCUUUUGGCCGUGCUAGGAUAUCAAUCCGAGUUAUCACGAAACAGAUCUACAUGGCAGGUCGCGUUCAUGUCCUUUGUGCUCGCCUCGGUUCCCUACGGUCUUGCGACGACCCUCUACUAUCCUCUCAUCGGCGGCGGCCCCUCUGCCAUCAUUUGGGGCUGGGUUCUUGUGUGCUGCAUCAUCAUCUGCGUAGCUAUCUCUCUGGGUGAGAUUACCUCAGUGUAUCCUACCGCUGGUGGUGUCUACUACCAGACUUACAUGCUCUCUCCUCCGUGGUGCCGAAACAUCACCGCUUGGAUCUGUGGCUGGGCUUAUGUCCUGGGAAACAUAACCAUCACUCUUGCUGUCAAUUUCGGCACCACCCUCUUCCUCGUUGGAUGCGUAAACAUCUUCCAGGACAGUGAAGGCAAUGGCGUAUGGGCCGCCACGAACUGGCAAAUCUGGUUGACGUUCGUGGGUAUCACAUUGCUCUGUAACGCGACUUCUUCUCUUGGAAACCGGUGGCUGCCUUAUCUAGACACAUUUGCAAUCUUUUGGACAUUCGCCGGUGUCAUUUGCAUCGUUGUGUGUGCUCUCUCUCUUGCAAAGGGCGGUCGCAACAAGGCCAGUUUUGCAUUUGGAGGGUUUGAAGCAAGCUCCGGCUGGACGCCCGGCUGGUCUUGGUGCAUCGGCUUGCUGCAUGGAGCUUAUGCUACAUCGGCUACUGGCAUGAUUCUUUCAAUGUGCGAAGAAGUGCGAGAGCCAGCAACGCAAGUGCCCAAGGCAAUGGUCGGGACGAUCGUAUUGAAUGCUAUCUGUGGCUUCAUCUUCCUCGUUCCCCUAUGUUUCGUCUUGCCACCAAUCGAAGAUGUCGUCGCUGCAUCUUCUCCCGUCCCAUAUAUCCUGAAGAUCGCAAUCGGAAAUGACGGCGGAGCCUUUGCGCUGACAGUACCUCUCUUGGUCUUGGCUUUCUUCUGUGGUGUUGGUUGUACAACUGCCGCCUCACGUUGUACAUGGGCUUUUGCUCGAGACGGAGCCAUCCCCGGUUCCCGGUAUUGGAAGCAAGUCCACCCCAAAUUGGAUGUGCCUCUCAAUGCGAUGAUGCUCAGCAUGGUCGUUCAAAUCAUCCUCGGAGUCAUCUACUUCGGUUCCGUUGCUGCCUUCAACGCUUUCAGCGGCGUUGGAGUCAUCUUCCUGACCAUCAGCUACACCAUGCCCAUCCUUGUUUCACUGCUUGGGGGCCGGAAAGCUUUGAAACAAGGUCACUACGACUUCGGAGCCGCUGGAGUCUUCUGCAAUAUUGUGGCUAUCUGCUGGUGUUUGUUCAUUACUCCACUGUUCAGUAUGCCAUCAUUCUUGCCGACCACGGCGGACACGAUGAACUAUGCGUCUGUGGUCUUCGUCGGUGGUGUCUCCGUCUCCGCAGCUUGGUAUUUCAUCUGGGGUCGCGCCAAUUAUCAAGGGCCCCCGGCCAAAGAGGAAGAAGUGGCAAGACGAAGGAGUUCAGUGAUCUCAGCCCACUGA